AUGAGAUACGUCGUAUUUUUCGUAACGAUACUGUGCAUCAGGACGGAGGCGCAAAGGCUAGAAACCGUCGCGCAAUGGUCACUGCUUGAUUUCGCGCUACCAUAUGACCGUGGUUUUCUCAAUCAAUAUCAACCGGAAAAUAUAGUGCUGACUGGUGUCACGAUAACUUGGGACCGAAUCUUUGUCGGCACACCCAGGUUACGCGCAGGUGUACCGGCCACUUUGAGUUUCUUCCCCAGAAAGAUACCCUUCGGAAGCAGCCCGCAACUUCAGGCGUAUCCUUCGUGGGAUUGGCAUAAUGCCGGAAAAGGAGAAAUCAACUGUACCAAGCUAAUCUCAGUGUAUCGUACCAGAUUGGAUAAGUGCAACAGAUUAUGGGUUGUAGAUUCCGGUGUCAUGACAUCGAUCGACGAUUUUAUGGCCGUUUGCCCACCGAAAGUUAUAGUCUUUGAUUUGAAAACCGACCAAGUAGUUCGUCACGUCAUUUUUCCACGUCAGGUGUUGAGACCGAAUACUUUGCUAACCAACCUUGUCAUCGACGACACCUCGGCGAGAACGUGCGAUGAUGUAUAUCUCUACAUAACCGAUACUCUUGGACCAGGACUUCUUGUUUUCGAUGGUACUAAUGAUAGAAGUUGGAGAUUGCUUCACGCAUCCAUGUUUCCCCACCCAGAUCAAGCAACAUACAGAAUCGGAAAAGACACUUUCGAGUUUCUGGACGGCAUAGUGGGCAUAACAUUUUCACCGAGGCUUAGGACCGUUUAUUAUCAACCUUUAGCGACCGAUCGUAUCUUCAGCGUGCCUACUUCUGCGUUACAAGCCGGACCACUUCCGCUUGGUGAACAGUUACCUGUGACCUUGGUCGGUAGAAAGUCGAGUCAAGGUCUGGCACUGGCAGUGGAUCCUCGAGAUGACACUAUCUUAUUCGCCCCUUUUACCGAGACCGCAGUCGCAUCGUGGCAGCCACGAACGAAUCGACAAAGCAUUCUUGCUUAUAGUCCAGAGGACUUACAAUUUAUCGCCGAGAUCUUAGUGGCACAAUACGACAACAAUAAUGUGUGGGUGAUGUCGUCGAGAUUCCACAAGUUUUUCAUGAGACAAGUUGAUACUCGUCAGAUUAACAUCCGCAUUAUGAGAAUCCAAACGAACAAUCGCGUGCUGGCUCAAUCUCUUAAUCAACAAAUUGAUCCGUACUUCCCAUUGCAAUUCUAUAAUAAUACUCUUGGAUUCUAA